CAGUGAGAGGCACGCAUGUUAGGCUGGAGGCAUAGACACCGUUUUAUCACAUUAUUAUUCCUAAGUGUGCCUUUUAUUUGAUUUAUUUAGUCCUUUUCAAACUACUGGUACACUGUAUGGCGGUAACAAGGCAAAUCUGGAAACGGUUGGUUCGUCGAGUUUGAUGAAAACGAGGUCAGGCUCAGACUACCGUUAGCCCCUCCUGGUGGAUUUUUUUCGUUGUUUUUUUUCUAGAUAAAGCCAACAAAACAAGGCAGAUAACAAUGUCGUUGACUGCUUCGCCUGAUUAUUUCGCUGCCGAGUGUCUGGUGUCGAUAUCCAGCGGUCCUGUCCUGCACAGACCCACCCCAGUCGCCCCUGCCAGCCAGCCGGCCACGGUGGGCCUGCUCCCCGGGGAGCCCGACGUGUCGAGCGAGGACAGGGAAGUGCGGGAGACGCUGAGGCUGGAGGGGGCCAACAUGAUGGCGGUGGCCGGUAUCCUCACCGACCUGCACGGCAAGUUCCGCCCCAUGUCGGCCUACUCGGAGAGCAGCAACUCCUCAUGUGGCGGAGAGAGCGGUUACACCACGUUGUCCGACCCGACCACCCCUACCAUGACCCCCUCCGCCACCCCUGUCCCCGGACAGCAGCAGCUGAGGGGGGGAGGAGGAGGAGGCGUGGGGGCCCCGCGGUCCCCGGUAAAGCGACAUCAGUGCACUUUUGACGGAUGCGACAGAGUUUAUGGGAAAUCGUCCCACCUGAAGGCACACAUCCGGACACACACAGGUGAGAGGCCCUUCCCAUGCACCUGGCCAGACUGUGAGAAGAAGUUUGCCCGCUCCGAUGAGCUCGCCCGCCACACCCGCACCCACACAGGGGAGAAACGCUUCCUGUGCCCGCUGUGCGAUAAGCGCUUCAUGCGCAGCGACCACCUGAUCAAGCACGCCCGCCGUCAUCCAGACUUCCAGCCCUCCAUGUUGGGCCGCAGCAAGGGCUCCUCCUCCUCCUCUCCCAGCCCGGCCAUGCACCAUUAGGAUGGUUUGGGGGUUUCCUGACAGGAGCACAGAAGGUCACAGUGGUUUCAAUUUAACCAGCUACAAUCAGAUCCACUGAGUAGGAUUUAGCAUUGCUGUGUUGUACUCAAAAAUGUGCACAUAACACACACAACACACACAGAGCUGGAUGUGAGGGGGAAGCAUCUUCAUCCCUCCAUCAACACAGAUGAGUCAUGUGACCACUAUCCACCUGCUCAACGUAACUAGGGUUGGGUAUUGAGAAUGCUCCAAAAUCUUUAUGAAGAGAGGAUUCGUUAAGAAAUUUGCUUUUCGAUUCCACUCAUCGUUUCCUGAAAGCAAAGUUUGGACCUACUUUACUUCAAUUACAUUGCCAGUUACACGUGCAUCAAAGCACGUGUAUAACGUUUACAACGAGACGGACUGCAGCUAGCUUUGAAAAGUGUGGCUACACUUCACAAAAGACAGUAACGAUGCAGUGAAAUGUAAUCACAACAUGAAAAUAAAUACAUGCGAGGGAACGAAGGCUGUCAAACAUGACAACACAUUUACUACAGAAUGUUAGGAGAAUGCAGAAUUUUUAUGUCCUGUAUCAAAGUGAAAUUAAAUUAAACAUUUUUAUAGAACAAAGACCAGUUAGGAAUGUCUGUUUUUAGUUAAUCUGCUUAAUGAAGUGCAGGGCAAAUUAAGGUACUUCAUCACAUUGAUGCAAAAAAUCUGUAAAACCAAACCAUAAAGCUGUCCUGCUCAUCGAUUUACAACAUCACCUAAUAUAAUUAUAUUUGCCUCUAAAAGCAAAUCAAAUGUAACAACGUUCAGUUUUUCUGUGGCACAACAGAGAAUUCUGAAAGUUUUUCUCUUUUUUUUUUACCAAAAAACAAAUCACUUAUACUUCCUCAUUUAUUACAUGUUUUUGGCAGCCUAAACUAAAUAAAAAUAAAAGGUUUUUUUAUGUUUAA